AUGCGGUACGCGGUAGUUCUUUUUCGUUCAUAAAAGAUUUGUUAUUCUUGCAGCUCGUAUCCCUCCUGCUAAAGUAGUAAUAUGAAAUAUUUAUAAUUUAUAUAGUUCUAGACUGGAUGUGUCAAAUUUUGUGUUAUUUUCUUAUUAGUAAGGCAUAGAUAAAAAAUGGUGGGUAAUCAUCUCUUGCUGGUGUUAUUGUAUCCAUGGGUGUGCCUCUGCAGUCCACUACCAUCUGCACAGCUCCAUAGCGUGCAAUUUCCUACGUCAUUUUCAAGUAGGACUGAUCGUUUUAUACAUAAAGAACCUGACCUAUCAUGGAAACCUUUGAGAGGCGUAUUGCCUCUUCAUGUGCCAUCAGCUGAUGUACACAUAACACCAGAUUUUAGUAACGGAUUAGCUUAUCCAGACCCGUUUUUACGUCUAGGCCCUGAAGCUAAGCUGCUUGCAAAAUACCUCUAUUCAAAACCGCUGUUUUUCAACCAAAUACCUCACGAAAAGUCUCUUUUGUACAACCAAGAGGAGCGAGUGAAAAAUGGCCUGACACCGCACAAUUUGGGUUCACUAAGACCUGGCACCCCUUGGUAUAGAUAUAAACAUGAAAAUGUUUGGUAAAUGUAUAUUAAAGCCGUCUAAUAUAUUA